GAUGAGCGUUUGCAGGAAAGGAGCCCCGAGAGCCGCUGCGCCUCCCCGUCCCCGCCCUUACACGCCUGGGCCCCCCGAACAGAGCCGGGAAGAGCAGGCUGCCCUCACUCUCCAGCGUGCCUUCCGCAGGGUGCAGGCCCGGAAGGAGCAGGAGCGCGCGGCUUACCAAGCGACGAUGGACCAGUUACAGAAGGAGGCCUUUCUUGCUGUGGUAAAGAGGGAACAGCAGAAAGCCAGGCAGGCCCAGGAAAAGGAAGAAGAAAAGCGAAGAAAGAAGCGAGAGGAGCAGUUACGAAAAGAGCGGAUCCUGGAGGCGGCAUUUGACGGAGAUGUGAGCGAGAUCGCAGCUGUGCUGAGAGAGCCUUCCCAUCGGCCCUUUGGCUUCCGGCCUGCCCAGGUAAUGGAGCUGGACCUACGGGCCGGGGUGGAGACGGCCGGGGGCCUGCAGCACCACCUGGCCCUAGUCAACUGCACUGACGUCCACGGGAACACUCCCCUGUCCGAGGCGGCGAGCGGCGGUCACCCCCCGGCCAUCCGCCUGCUCGUCGAGCACGGGGCCGACCCCAACUGCAGGGGUGCCUUUGGACGGACGCCCCUGUACCGAGCCGCAUUUGCGGGGCACCUGGCCGCCAUGGAGACCUUGCUGCAGCUCGGGGCCGACCCCCGGCUAUUCGCCGCCGACGGCAGCACCCCGGUGCAGGUGGCCAGUGCAGCCGGCAUGGUGGACGUGCUACAGGCUUGGGAUAUCAGCUUCACAGAGGCCAUGUUGGCCAAGAUAGAGGCGGAACACCAGCGCCAGGCCCAGGAGGACCAACGCUACAGAGAAGUCAACCUACGGCAGUUGCGGGAGAACGUGCAGCAGCUGGAAGAGGAACAGAGACGCUGCCACCAGGAGCUGCAGCAGGCUUACCGAGAGCUGAACCAGAGGAUGGCGGCGCGCAGCAAGGCAGAGCAGAAGUCAACAGCCAUGGGGAAGGAGACCCUGCAGGCCGUCGGGGAGCUGGAAGAACAACUGGACAGAUUGCGCCUGGAGGCAGCCAAGACGAAAGAAAACCUGAGCCUGGCCCGGCGGCAGCUGGAGGAGCAGGGGCAGGAGCACGGGCAGGAGCGCGGGCAGGAUGCGGGGAGCAGUGAACCACCACGACUGUACUGCUCCGUGCGGGAGCUCAACGACGUGCUGCUGCGUGAUGUGGAGGGCUGGAUCCAGGCCGAGGAGCGGUGGCCACUGGUCAUCGACCCCUCGGGCCAGGCCGCCAUCUUCCUGCGCUACCAGGACACAAACUACCUGGACACACUGAACCCUGCACACCUGGGGCUGGAGCCACUGCGACUGGGCCUGCUGGGGGCCCUCAGGUACGGGAAGCCCCUGGUGCUGGACAUGCAUGGAGUGGACAUGUUUGGGGCUGUCAAGCGGCAGCUGGAGGCUGUGGAGCAGGGCCUGGCUGAUGCCCUGCUGACCAAAACCCUGCUGGAGCAGGACAGGUUCCUGUCCCUGGUGCGGCCGGAGGAUGGGCCGGAGUAUCGCCCCCCCCAGUUCCAAGCUGCCACCAUCUGUGGCUUCAAGCUGUUCUUCCUGACCCAGGUGUGGCAGCCCCCGGAGGAGCAGCUGCGGGCCCUCCUGCCCCUGUGGGUCCUGCCCCCCGGGGCCUACGGGGGCACCCCACGGUGCCGGUAAAGGGCCCUCCGGACCGGCCACAGUCCGGGGGGCGGUUCAGGGAUUCUGGCGGGGGGGGAGGGGAAGGCAAGGGGGACGAUUCCCCCCUCCCCCA